GGGUUCCUCCAUCGCCAAAAUCAUUGGAAACAACGUCAAAGCGUCCAACCGCUUUGACCCCAUGGUAAACAUGUGGGUUUACGAGGAAACCGUCGACGGGAGGAAACUCACAGAGAUCAUCAACACCGAACACGAAAAUGUUAAAUACCUGCCAGGUCACAAGCUGCCCAAGAAUGUGGUGGCCAUCCCCGACAUAACCGAAGCCACGAAAGGAGCCAAGAUUCUGGUSUUCGUGAUCCCUCACCAGUUCAUCCACAAGAUUUGUGAUCAGAUGAAGCCUCAUGUGACCGAGGGAACCAUUGGGAUUUCUCUCAUCAAAGGCGUUGAUGAAGGUCCAAACGGACUGAAACUCAUUUCAGACAUCAUCCGAGAGAAACUGGAGAUCGAGGUCAGCGUUCUGAUGGGCGCCAACAUCGCCAACGAGGUGGCGGAUGAGAAGUUCUGUGAAACCACCAUUGGGGCAAAAAAUGAGGCAAAUGGCCGCAUUUUUAAGGAGCUCCUGCAGACUCCCAAUUUUCGGAUCACCGUUGUUCAUGAGAGCGAUACAGUGGAGCUGUGUGGAGCCUUAAAGAAUAUCGUAGCCGUCGGCGCUGGGUUCUGCGACGGCCUCGGAUUCGGCGACAACACCAAAGCAGCAGUGAUCAGGCUGGGUCUGAUGGAAAUGGUCGCAUUCGCCAAGAUAUUUUGCAAAAGCCAGGUGAGCUCCAGCACCUUCCUUGAAAGCUGUGGCGUGGCGGACCUCAUCACCACCUGCUACGGAGGGCGGAACCGCAAAGUMGCGGAGGCCUUCGUCACAACGUCUAAAUCUAUCGCUGAGCUAGAGGCAGAAAUGCUCAACGGCCAGAAGCUCCAGGGUCCACAGACCUCGGCUGAGGUCUACAAGAUUCUGCAAAAGCAGGACAUGGUCAACAAGUUUCCAUUGUUUGCCGCGGUCUACCAGAUCUGUUACGAAGGCAAAGAGGUGAAAGAGUUCAUCACCUGUCUGCAGAACCACCCAGAACACAUGUAGCACAACCUGACUGCAACCAGACUGGUUGCUGGUCCUGCAGUAGCGACUGCCGACCACUAGAUGACGACAGAGGUUCAUCAGGAAAAUAAAAUCAGUGGCAUCUGAAGAUUUCUUUUAAAGAAUGAUUGCCAAUAUUUGUUACCUCCUUUUUAAAAUKGUCCAUUACAAUUAAGAAUCUUGGAAAAGUUAGAAGUAAAAAAAAAGGCAAAUUUUUUUAUCAGUGGCAGUGGAUUCACCUACUUGAAGAAAAUAAUUUCAAUUUUCUCCUAUUACCUACAGUGUCUUCACUUUUUUACUUUUAUAUCACUACAUUAUUUAUGUUCAUGAUCUCAAAAUCAAGUUAUGUUUACUCCUUUUUAAUCUUGAUGUGGAGUUUUUUCCUAUUAAAACCAGUUUAUAAAAAA